CUCCUGGGUGUCUACCAGCGCCUUCAGCCGGAUCUCACCAGGGCGAUUUUAGAGUCCGGUGUCCCGACCCGCGAGAAGCCACGGCGUCCUCGCGCGUGGACUGAAUGCGAGAAAAGAAACGGAAGAAUUUAAACAACAACAACAAGAACCUUUGUCAUCUGCCCCCGGACUCUGUGGGUAUUGCUGUCGUAGUAUAACCCGGGAGCGAGCUUUUGGGAUUCGUGUCUGCGGUCCAAAAAGUUUUUUUAAAAACUCUUCCAAAACUUUUAUCUGGUCGCGUCAUUGUGUGUGUGUGUUUUUUUUUAAAACCGAGUCUGGAAAUCGACGUUUUUCUCAAACACCUUUUAUGUCAGAGGGAAUAAGUUAGACUGCGUGUUUUCCAGCAGUUUGCGGUGAUUUUAUUCUUUUUUUGUGUGUGCUCCCUCUCUGUUGGGCUGAAGGAAACAAGCGCGUCUCCAUGAGGAACUUUGGCGUAGCUCACACUUAAAUAACACCCCUGGACACGUUUUCUUUUUUUUUUUUUUUUUUUUUUUUUUUGGCACUCAACAAUCUGUUGACUUUUUUUUUUUUGUCUGAAGCUGACACAAAAUGAAGACGCUGCUGUUGUUGUGUGUGCUUGGCACGCUGGUCGUGCUUUGCGUUUCGGCCACUGCGGAGCAAAAAUCGAAAAACUGCAACGAUGUUCGUGCCGCUUACAGCUCCAAAGGCUUCAACGUCAACGACGUUCCCAACAAAGGAGUUAAUGGAGCUUCACUGAAAGUCUGUCCGCAGGGUUUCUCUUGCUGCACUGUAGAGAUGGAGGAGAAGCUGAGCCAGCAGAGUCACUAUGAUAUCAAAGCGCCCGUCUCCAGGCUUUCCACCAACCUACAGUCCACCUUUCGGCAGCGGCACGAGCACUUCGACAAAUUUUUCCGGGAACUGCUGAAAAAUGCCGAGGUUUCGCUCCACAACAUGUUUGUACGUACCUACGGGAUGAUGUACGUGCAGAACGCCGAGCUGUUCAAGAACUUAUUCACGGCCCUGACGCGGUACUACGUGUCCGGCAGCUCGGCCGUCAACCUCGAGUCCACGCUGUCGGACUUUUGGGCCGACCUCCUGGAGAGGAUGUUCCGGCUGGUCAACGUGCAGUAUGAAUUCAGUGACGCCUACAUGGAGUGCGUCAGCCGCCACACAGAGCAGCUGCAGCCUUUUGGGGACGUGCCCCGCAAGCUCCGCAUCCAGUUGACGCGGGCUUUUGUUGCCGCGCGUACGUUCGUGCGCGGCCUAAACCUCAUGCCAGAAGUGGUCAACAAAGUCUCUACGGUCAGCGCAUCUCCCAGCUGUGUGCGAGCGGCCAUGAAGAUGUUGUACUGUCCCUACUGCUCAGGCCAAGUGGCGCUGAAGCCCUGCCAGAAUUACUGUUUGAAUGUGAUGCGGGGCUGUUUGGCCAACCAGGCGGACCUGGACACAGAAUGGAACAACUUCCUUGAUGCCAUGCUAGGCCUGGCCGAGAGACUCGAGGGUCCUUUCAAUUUUGAGUCUGUCAUGGAUCCCAUUGACGUGAAGAUUUCCGACGCCAUCAUGAACAUGCAAGAGAACAGCAUGCAAGUUUCCCAAAAAGUAUUCCAUGGAUGCGGCCAGCCUAAACAGAGCGCGGAAUUCCGCUCCAAACGGUCUGCCAAGGACACGGGCUUCACUGGCCGUUUCCGCCCCUACAGCCCUGACGCAAGACCCACCACUGCUGCUGGCACCAGCUUAGACAGACUGACGAAUGAUGUUAAAAAGAAGCUGAAACAUGCGAAGAAGUUCUGGUCCACAUUGCCAGACACUGUUUGUGCAGGUGAAAGAAUCGCACCUGGUGAUGACUGCUGGAACGGAACAGCAAAAAGCAGGUAUGAGGCAGUUGUCAUUGGGAACGGGCUGGCCAAUCAGGUGUCCAACCCCGAUGUGGACGUGGACAUUACAAAACCAGACAUUGUGAUUCGAAGCCAGAUUGCCGUCCUGAAGGAAAUGACAAGUUGGCUGAAAGCUGCAUACAGCGGCAAUGAUAUCUCAUUUGAAAACGACGAGGAAGCCAGCGGAGGAGAGGAGAGCGGCAGCGGCUGCGAUUCUCCGUCCUGUGACACGGAUCGGGACAUCUACUUCCCCACGCCACCCAAUCCGGAGGAUCCCCGAGUGAACCUGGUGCACGGUGAACGGUCAGCUGGUUUCACCUCACAGGGAAGCUUGGCGUUGGCGCUCUGCGGGCUGGGUCUGCUUGCUGCCCUCUUGAGAUAAAAGUAUUCGGGCUGCGAGACGGACAGAAUGACUGAGAACGAUGGAGUGAGGGGAAAACUGUCAGAAAGACUUUGAAUAAGACUGCCUUCAGGACCUCGGACAGUCCACCAUCGGGGGGGAGGAGGGAGACUCUUCUUAAUAUUACAAUAAUUUCACUUUGAAUGAUUUGUUUGCAUGUUUCGAGGACAACGGUGUCCAACAAUCUGAUCCUCACCCCAAGAAAGCCACCAUUCCCACAAAGUAAAACCUCGACUCCUGGUGUCUCUGCUGGAGCCACACUACAGUUCUGCUUGCAACGUUAGGAAAACUACACGUUUUAUUUACGCAGUUUAAUCUCAAUGCUUCACCGUGUGCCUUUUUCAACGACUGCCAUCAAGAGUAUAUCACUCCCACAUGGUACCUAUGAUGGAAAACACCUUCCUCAUCAGUUGUGUCCCUCCAUCCCGCAGAGAUCAGCGAAUAACAUAGAUUUUAGUAGUUGUAUAUGAGCAGUGACGACGAGCGUUCGUUCGCCACUGUGUGCAAACUGUGAAUCUCUGUGCGUUCAUGCAUUUACCUACAAACAGCCAGUAUGAAAGAAGAGUCUUCACUUGUUUCUCUCAAAUAAGAAAUAGCACAGGCUCUCUCUCUCCGUUCUUCUGUUUUCCUUGGAAAGAAAAAAUAUGUUGUCCGCGUCUCAGCAUUACUUCAUAAAUAUAAAGAGAGAAGGAACAGCUUCAGGCGACGGAAUCAUUCUUUGCAAAAGCUUUGAGGGCUACUCUUGAGUCCUAACCGAGACAGACUGGAUCGGCUGUGAACGCAAAUCACAGCCUACCUUCUAAGUUUCUUUGUUCGGCAGUUCAGUAGUCAUGUCGUACCUCAUCCAUACUGUCUACGUCGGUGCAAUCUAGCGAUUAUGGAGCUGAAAGUGACUGUUAAGAGAUGUGAUCUUCUGCCGCCGCCCCAUGAAUGGCGGUCAGGCCCGAGAAGGAGCAGGACUCUCCCGGUGUUAACCCCUGAAGAAGGCAAAGCUGACAAGUUCCAAAUCCCCCACAUGCCCCCCCCCAUUUUUUUUUCUUUCCUUUACUGUAAGCGCAGUCCACGACUGAAGGUCUGACUUUGUACAGUCUUACGUGUUUGAAAGAAAUGUGAUUCACAUUCAUCUGGACAAGAGAACCAAAAGAGAGUGCUUCGAUCAAAAAUCAAGGAAAAAUUAUUUUAAUACAGGGUUUUUUUUAUGUUGAAGAGGUGCUGUAUUUUAUUUUUUAGCUACUUUUGGUAUGAAGAUGCAUAUUAGGUACGGCAGCGGGUUUCGAAUGCUCGUUUUAGUUAGCUCAACUGGCUUGUGCGCUCCUCGGAUGCACACCUGGUACCUCUUUCGCGGCCUUUUUCAGUAUAAUCGGACACCUCAUGGCCCGUUUAAUCUACCUAUCCCGAUCUUAACAGUCACAUCAUUUCAAUUUACGGUUGAAUGUUGAACUUUUGUCACAAGUGCUGCCAAAAUGAUUGUGGCGUUUGGUCCAGAUUUUGGUUUGUAACCUCCGUACAUAAUUGGUAACUUUUGAAUGUACAUUUCAUUGAAUUGUAUCUGUCGUUUGCAGAUACUGUAUUCUCUCUAUAGGUUGAUGUUUCCCCGAAAAGCACAUCAUUACGUUCUGUUCAUUAUCUUUUUCCAUUCACCUCUGAAAUUCUUGCCUGAAGUAGCCUUUGUACAGUAACUUAUGCGUAUCUUAUUGUCAUUCUCUGCAACUGACAGAGACUAACCAUAAUUUACAGUGUUCAUUGUCUCUUAAACAUCACAGUCCUUGAGUUAUAAUUUGGGGGUUUUGCAUAUGCAAUUGAAACAUAUUUUUUUAAAAGUGGCUUUUCUCACGUACCUCCAUGGACCUUAAACAUCUGGCCAGAAAAUACUGGAAACCAUCUUUUUUUUUUUGCCUCCUUUGGAUUGAUUGAACUUGAUAGGUUAAUUGUAAGCUCACAUGAAUAUUUUCAUAACACAGUAAGUGAGUAUUCCAGUCGUGAAGACUGGAUGCAUUGGUGAGGGCAUAUAGUACCUGUUAAAAAUGUCACUUUGAAGGAACCCCUAUGCAAUCAGUUUCAAACCCUCAAGCCUUAACUUCAAACAACCAAGCCUGAGCUUCACUCGGCCCGACGUAUAUUUCUACAAGUGCUUGUGCAAGUUGUAGAAGAGUUGCAUUGAGUGAAAAAUGUACCCCUCUUCCAACACCCCCCCCCAAAAAAAAAAAAAACACAAAAAAAAAAACAAUGAAUGUUCAGAGUAAAGGUUUUGGGAAAUGAUGGUAUGUAAAUGUUUAUGCUUGGCGCAUGUUCCAGCUGGCAGGAGUUGGUACCGCUGCAGUAUGCCGUGUUUUUUUUAAACACAUGAUCAGCUUAGUCUUGUGACUAAGUGGAGUUGGACAGGUGUCGGUAGUCUUUCAAAUGUCUUUGGCCCACAAGAAAACCGAACGGACUCAAAUCAUCUCUGAGGAGAGAUCGUGCGGACGACUGAAAAGAAUAAGAGAAAUGUAAAUAAAAGAGCAGCCAAUUUAGAUGUCUCUAAAAGAGGCCUUAACAGUACAACAGAUUUUUUACAUGCCAGAGUAUCUCCUUAAUGUUAUGGAAAAAAACAAGAUGAGAUAGAUGAUGAAUUGUAAGGAAAAAAAAUGUAUAUUAAACGUUCCUUAUUCUUGUUGAAAUAAAGAC